GUGAUUUAUUCGAUAGCUCAGCCACACCGCGACAUUUACCUGGUUGUUCGUGUGGAUCGACUACUCUCGGCCGAUACAGCUGCUGAAAUGUACAUGAAAAAUGCGGGCGAUUUGAAAGGAGCUGCGAAAUUGCAGAAGACAAUCCAGCAAGCAACCAUGAAAGCGAUUCGUGACAAAAUGCCGUUCGCUUGGUCUGCGAGGCCUGUAUUCCAAGAAAUGUUAGGAUGUGGAACGAAGUUGCCCAACGAAAUGCAGCUGUAUCGUUGUGACGGUAACAAACUAGGCGACGGUGACUUGCAAAAGAUUCUCGCUGACUUCUUUCGUGCCGAGAAAUCCGGAAAAUUAACAGCUGUACCGUCAGCAACUAUAAGCAUCAAUAUUGAUUUCUCGCCAAAAGCAUCCGAUCUGCCAAUGCAAAUCAGUCCGAGUUUCAUGCCGAUACGCCCAUGGAAUGCAGCAUCGGAUAGCCCUGCUGCAGCUUGCUUUGAAGCUCAAUCAUUCAACGAUUUUAUUGUCGAGCCACACACCAGUCUCUUCAAUCUGUUGUAUGUGUAUCCGCUCUCCCUCAAAUAUGAUGGACAAAAAACAUUUAAUAAGGCGCGUAACAUCGUCUGUACAGUACGAUUUGUUUCGACCGCCGGAAGAGGAGAUCCCUCACUGGUAAGCACUUCUGAUUUCGAGCAAUUUUACACUAAAUUGUUAUACAGUUUUUGCUAA